AUGGAGUCGAAAUUAAAAAAUUACCCGACUUCCAUGGGCUUGGACUGCGAGAAGACCAAUUUAAAUUUGACAACGCCAUUUUCGAUAAACGACAUAUUGACGAAGGAGGAGACGAAAUGCGAAUUUGAACAUGGAAUGUUUUCGAGGUUCGGCGGGAAAGUUAACUUUUUAAAACCGGCCGGUUACAAUGAUGAGUUUCCGAAGAAGGAGGUUAUUGAAAAGAGUAUGAAGUAUUACGAUGAGUGCAAUAAUUACAGAGAGUUUAACGAUGAUGGCGCCCUGGAUAUGUCGAGGAAAACGCUGCCGGUCACAGAACUAUCAGAUGAUUACGACUCAAGAUCGUCACACACAGGUUCACCCGUGCGCCGAAAUUCCUCCCCAAACUCUGACAUCAGCUACAAACCAUUCAAUUUACACUACGAACGAAAGUGUGCAACACCCCCCGACUCGCGACUGAUGCAUUCACCAAAUUACUCCCUCGAAUAUUCACAGAGCAGCGGCAGGAAGAAGAGGUCCAGAGCUGCAUUUUCCCACGCUCAAGUAUACGAGCUGGAGAGAAGAUUCAGCCAACAAAGAUACUUAUCUGGUCCAGAGCGAGCCGACCUAGCUGUAAGCUUGAAACUCACAGAGACCCAGGUGAAAAUCUGGUUUCAAAACCGACGGUACAAAACGAAGCGUAAGCAGCUACAGAUGCAAGAGAGCGGGAUGCUAGCAGCAGCUGCAGCGGCUGCAAGCCACGCGAGGAAAGUCGCAGUUAAAGUCCUGGUCAAUAACAAUGGGCAGACGCUCCCUGAUCUCAAAUACCAGAGCCCGUUGGGUAAGACAGUAAAUCCGGCGUUGUUUGCACCUCCAACUAUACUAGAAGGUUCGCCAAUAUGGAAGCACUUCGCUGGAAUGUACGGAGUCGAUUUUACGAAAAAUCCAGAGUACAAAGCGCUGCUACAAGAAUCUUAUAAUCAAGCGGUCCUUCAGUCGCUGUAUGGACCACAUUUAGGUGUCAACUAUCCCAACAUAUCUCUGCCGUACAUGUAUUACCCUGGUCAUCCGUUUGGAAUGCCCGUAACCUGUGAUCUCGAUAGGAGCCAAGGUGAAAGUAGUAGAGAUAAUAGAGAAAUAGAUAAAAAGGACGAGACAAAGAAGGUUGAUAUUAACGAAAAUAGCAAUGAGAGCAUGGCUAGCAAUAUUGAAAUUGAAAAUUAA